UAAUAAUAAUAAUAAUAAUUUUAUAAUGAUUAGAUAGUAAAGCUAGAAGAUAAACCAAGUAAUUUAAUAACGUUUGUAUAUGCAAAUCUUCUGGUCUUAACCUUUGCCAAAGCACUUACAGCACUUCGAGACAAGAGGCCUGAGACAUCAAUCUGUUUUUUAAACCAUGUGUUGCUGUUAGCUGUAACACACAGAUGCAUUGUCUUGAAGUCAUAAGCAAAUACAAUGAGGAGGGACGUGAAGGUACGACGGCAGAUGGACAGACGCUAGAGGAUGUUGACAUCCUGCAGGUCCUGCUCUCCUGCUACAGGGUUAAAGCUUGUCAGUAGUAUUAACACCAGCCAACACUAAUCUGUGGGACAGCUGCUUCUACCCUCUGCUGCUUAAACGGGGGUCCAUUCAAAACUACCAGAGAGCCUGUUCAUGAUAAACAAAAAAACAAACAUUCAGAUAUGGGCAUAAGUAAUGAAUAAGUAAAGCAAAGCACUUUACAUUUUUUACUUGCCUCAUUUAAAUCUAAAUGCAUUAUAUUUUACAAAAAGUUACAAUAACAGAAAAACAAACGAGAUAAUGAUAAAGAAAUGUACGCAUUGCACUGCCAUGAAAGAGGCAGACUAAAGAGGCAGAUAAACAGCAGACUCUUUGAUGCUAUUGGAAAUGCAUCAAGUCGUGAAUAAAUCCUACUAAAGAAACAAAAAAAGGUUUUAAACAUAAAGUGUACAGUACCUCAAUGCAUUACACAGAUUACACCACUAGAUGGUGUAGGAAGCACACGCUGUAGCACAACAGCUUAAUUCAUUAUUAUUUGGGACAUUAAAGGAGUAAACAUUAGUGUUUAAGACACUGCAGUGUAAUAAAUGUAUUUGUAGUUUACAGCUACAGUUGGGGGUGACUGGUCACUUGACCUGUCCCAUGUUUCAAUAAACAAUAUUGCAGGUUGUUUGGUUGUCUGUUAUUGUGCAGACAUGCUUCAACAAAUUAACAAACAUUUUACACAGUUUGUAUAUAAUAGUCUUUACUGGGUCCUUUAGGGUGUGAAGACUUCAAAAGUCCAAAGUUGUUAUGUAAGGACCCCUGUCUGUUUCAAUGAUGGGUCAAUGUGUGCUAUAAUGUCAGACCCCUUCAUUCAAAUCAAUAAUCCAUGAAAUGCACUAGGGUUGGAAAUGGAUGGGAAUCUGUUGAGCUGAUGAUGCUUUUAUUUUCUUUCAGCACACAGUCUUAAAAUAUUAGCUACUCACUGUGUGUGGCUGGUCUGUUGGUAACUGGCAGAGAUCUACUGUUUUUCAAAUAGUAUAGCCUGCAAGGUUGGUGGAAUCACAUUCUUUUAUAUUGAUCUGCAGACACAUCCUCACUGUUACUGGGUUUCACUGUAAGAAGCAGUGUGGGGGUACACACAUUGUUUAUAUCAGCAGAUAAUCCCAGUGCACAAUAGGUAUGAAGACCACAAACUGUGCUCCAGCUUUCAGACUCUGCUGAUUCAUCUGCUGUUUGGUCCAGUAAACAAUCCAUCUGGGCACAGAUGAGGUGGGGCCAGAACAACAGGGACAUCUCGGCCCAAAUAACAUCCAGGGGACCCCAGAGAGGGAUGGGGGCAGAGAUGAACACAGUGCAGUUGCUUUUCGGAUGAACCACUUCUACGUUUGAAACACCAAGAAAUGAGGAUAUCAUCAAAGAGGCCUCAGCACAGUCAGCAGCGAGAGGACGGACCACUAAUUGCUCCAUGAGGAGUUGGGGGCUAUGGUGCUCAUGGGAGUCCAGAUCCUGGUACUGCUCUUUUUAUUUGGUGUUGGAGUCGGGGGCGACUCGAUGAAGCCAGCCCGAGCGCCUCUGAUCCCUCAUCGGCCCUUUGUUGUGGUGUGGAACGCUCCUACCGAGUCAUGUCGCCUUCGGUUCAAGGUAGACCUGGACCUCAGUGUUUUUGACAUCAUAGCAAACCUGAAUGAAACUCUCAGUGGACCCAACGUCACAAUAUUCUACCACAGCCACCUGGGAUACUACCCCUACUACUCUAGCUCUGGGGUCCCCAUCAACGGUGGGCUGCCGCAGAACCAGAGCCUUCCCAAGCACCUCAGCAAAGCCAGAGCCGACAUCGACAAGCUGAUCCCCCACAAGGAUUUCAGAGGCCUGGGCGUCAUUGACUGGGAGAACUGGAGGCCUCAGUGGGUCAGAAACUGGGGUGCCAAAGACAUCUACCGAAACAAGUCCAAGGAGCACAUCCGGAAACUUCACCCGAACUGGCCCGAGAGCAAGGUGGAGAACGAGGCGAAGGAGGGCUUCGAGAGGGCUGGACAGGCGUUCAUGAACCUGACCCUGGCUCUGGCUGAAGGGCGCCGGCCCGACGGGCUGUGGGGGUUCUACCUGUUCCCAGACUGCUACAACUAUGGCUACAAGCAGCAUCCACACAGGUACACUGGCGAAUGCCCCAACAUAGAGCACAUACGCAAUGACCACCUGAUGUGGCUCUGGAAGCAGAGCACGGCGCUCUACCCAUCCAUCUACCUGGACUAUGAACUCAAGUCUUCCCCCAACACUGUCAAAUAUGUCCACUACCGAGUCAAGGAGGCCAUGAGGAUUGCAUCUAUUUCUCGGGUGGACUAUACGCUGCCCGUGUUUGUCUACUCCAGACCGUUCUACGCCUACACCUUUCUGGUUCUUUCAGAGAGUGACCUGGUUCACACCAUCGGUGAGAGCGCAGCCUUGGGCGUGUCAGGUGUCGUCCUCUGGGGAUCAUCUGAAUAUGCCCGAUCACAGCAUUUCCUUCCUUGCUCACUCUCUCCUCCAGAGAAACUGUCUGACCGUGAAGAAGUACAUCGACGGUCCGCUGGGACAUUACGUCAUCAACGUGACCUCGGCUGCCAAGCUGUGCAGCAAGGCGCUGUGCAAGAAGAACGGCCGCUGCGUCCGCAAGAGCCUGGACUCGGGCGCCUACCUGCACCUGAACCCGCGCUUCUUCCACAUCCACCUCAACCCGGCACCCAAGGGCCCUCGCUUCCACGUCAGCGGUCACCUCAACAACCACGACAUCCUGGACAUGAAGCACAAGUUCACCUGCCAGUGUUAUCAGGGCUGGACGGGCGUGUACUGCGAGGUGCCCCAGGCUCUGCCCCAGCCGCCCACCCCCGAGCUCCGACCCCCCGAGAGGGGCCUGCUGGACGAGGUCCUGCUCCUGCUGUCGCUGCACUUUUCGUGUCUGUGCAUCAUCACCUUCUUGGGGCUCUGUCUCAUCAUCAAGUGUCUGAUCUUGUGAACAGGAAGGAGCUUUGAGAAGGUUUGUAGUGUAAUCAGAUGCAGUCCCAUCGGUGUCCAAUAGAUGCUGCUAAUAGAAAUGAGAGUUAGCUUUUAGCUGAGUCCAUAUCAGCGACAGGUUGUAGUGAUAACUUGAUUGUAUUUCACUAGUUUUCUUUCUCACUGGAUUCAUAUUUAGGUAAUAAUACUUUAAGCACGAUCUGACUCCAGACCAUCUUCUUUUUGUUUCUGUUUGAUGCAUAUAUUUUUGAUAAAAUGUGACAAACUUUCAAGUUUUAUUUCCUGCUUUCACAUACUGUCGGUCUUGGAUAAAUACAUGAAAGGCUUUGUUUAUAUUUGUCACGUUUUAUGUCCAACAUGCAGAAACCUGAGAGUUCAGUCACAGUUUCCUCACAGCGGAUAAAGCUUGACAGCGUCGGGAAAGAAAAGCAAAGUACUGCUCCAGUCCUGACGUUUCAGACCUGGUGUUUUUGUUUUUGGGAAAGACAGAAAAGAAAAGAAUCCAGUUCUAAAUGCUUUAAAUGUAGCUGUGUAAACACCACUGCAGC